UGUCCGCUUUGCUGGCAAUGUGCGGCUAAAGCUGGCACACAAGGUGCAAUUGAUCCGCUGAUCUCCGCUGCGACUUUGGUUCCAGAAGAUGUAGCUGCCAAUGAUGAGGGCAAUUUUGCUUUCCCUUUUGGGGUCAGCUGUCUGCUGCGGAGGCGCCCGCUUGGCUGCCUUGGCGAUGAAGAAGGCCAUUCGUAAGGAGGACCUGUCACUGGAGGCUGGCUCCAGCCAGGAUAGCCUCAUGCGCUUCGCAGAGGUGCAGCUGGAAGCUCCCAUGGACAUGGACGAUCCGGUCAUUGAUGGCUACACCAAGAGGCCCGAGAGCCCCUUGACCAAGGAGCCAGUCGCGAGUCUUGCAUCGUUUCGGAAGCACGAUUCCAUUGUUCUGCAGAUGUUUGAUCUGACUGAUCUCUGGAGUUUGUUGAUCGCCUACCAUGAGGACUUCUGGCUGAGACCGAGACCAGCGGUCUUUCUGGCAUCCUGGGAAUCCUCGAUUCCUCAGCUGCAUGUCGAUCUCCAAACGCUUGGUGAUCAGCUGCUUCAUCGUGCUUACAGGUGCGAUGCCAAAGACGCUGCAGAUUGGCCGUUUCAAGGGUGUGCAUCCAUGGAGCUGGCAAUACGUAGCCAUGACAAGCAAGAAAAAAAUCACUUGCUGGUGCGCGCCUACAAUAUGGAUCCUCCAGCUCAGCUGAUGACGCUGGCGCAGCAAGUUGGUGCCAAACGGCGGCGUUUGGAUGGCUCCCAACUGGCGUUUUCUGAUCGCAAUGCUGAUGGUCUCAUCAAGGCCCUAGGGGCGAAGGAAAGAUGCAUCUUUUUUGAGAAGAGUUGUCAGGAUCGUGCCGUGAUGUCAUUUGUAUGGAACUUGUCCGUCUAUGAUUUCACGCGUUUUAGAAAGGGUGGGCAGACAAGUGUCAAGUUGCCCCUAAGCUGGGGCAAUGCGUGGAUGUCACUGUACCCCAUGGGGGAAGACGGGUCACUUCCUGGUAAGGCGUCUCUGCGCCUGCACUUUGAGAAUGCUUUCUAUGUGAGAGGAAAAGUGAGGGGUGGCAGUCAGGCUGGCACCAACCUUUCACUGGACAGACCAGGGACAUGGCUACGGCGGAAUUUCAUGGACACGUCUGAGAUCUUGCAUCAGAAGGAUGCCUGGAUAACUCUCCAGAUCGUGUCUGUCCAACUUCCAGCGUUGCAACUCGGGCGUGUCCGGAGCUAGCACGCUGAGAAGUUCCUUGGGCUGCGACUGAGGGUAUCUAUGGUCAUCUCUGACAAGAUGAGAUGUUCUCCUUUGCAGGUCCUGGUGACACGCGUGGACCACGAGCAUGCGAAGCGCUUAGCCCGUGAGGUGCAAACGGAUGAUUGACCUUGCGAGUAUUUGCGAU